AUGAGAUUAUGGCGUCCGCAUAACGAAGGACCUUCUGUCGUAACUAACCUUCCGAGUCUCAAAAGCGAUCUAUUCCAGUUGAAAAAGUGGCACGCAGACUUCAACACUUGCGACGUCACUGAGAUGGAUGGAGGCUACCUAGACCAUCAUCUGCGCAACGCAUCUCACAUUCAACGCCAACUCCUGAAACUACUGAACGGUCUUAAAGAGUCAAUAUGUGAUUCGGGAAAAAUCCUCAAAGGACAGACAGUUCCAUGGGACAAGCUGAGCGACGAGGAACUUAAAGCUUUCAAACGUUUGAACACUGUAGGUGAGGUAAACAGUUCGCUCAAGGUUCCGAUUGCUGAUAAAAUAGGCUUCGAUUGAGAAGUUGAAGACCGGCUCGGCGCAAUGGUGGGCAAUGAAGCGGCGUC